UUCUCCUUACAUAAAUUUUGAUUUUAUAAUGAGACAUUUUUUUGUUUCUAAUUCUGCAGCAGGAAAAAUGUGUAGCUUCUUGGGUUGUUGCCAGUUCCUUCUUUCUUGAUAUAUUUUGUGCACACUCCCCAACAUGAAAAGAGUAACACGAUACCAUGCCUCCGACAUAAUGUUCCUAUGUCGAUAGAAGAAAUAAUAUCGAAAAAUAACAGGCCUAUUGUCAAAAUCAAACUCCACCCACCAGGCUUCGAGGUCUUACAUACUACGUUUAGCUUCAGGAGGAGGUCAAGAGUUGAAGCACUUUCUCUCCCCUGACUAGGAAUCUGCUUCUGUCCGAUCCAAGCAUUUCUUUUUUCCGAAAAAAAAGGGAGCAGAACUGUGUUAAUUUUGGAUUUUCAAAUCUUCAUCAAGAAAAAUUGCGAAAGAAAGCCAAAAUAUCCCGAAAGAACUUCGGAAGUCAGGACAUUUCCUACUUCGAAUAUAUAGCAGUUCCCUCACAAUAUGGUCAGCCAUGAUUUUUUACCUAGAUCUCCACUUGUUUUGGAACAUUUGCUUCACCGUAAACACAACGCAAUGUUUUGUUUUCUAUAUUACAAGAUAAAUCAUUGACUUAUCUCUUGGAAAGAUUUGUCAAAGGCUCCUGCCACCAUUGUGAAACAAUGUUAUCCUGCAUAUUAAUCUAUCGGUGAGUCGCACAAUGCUACAAAUACCAGAGAAUCUCUUCUCCAGGUUCAAUUUUAUGGUGAGUGAUGUGGUGAGGUCAAUCAAUAUACCUCUGACGUUUGAUUAGUAUAUGGAACAUGGUGAAUAAAAAGAACAUGGGAAUCCAUAGGGAAGCCAAAGCAAGAGAAGUGAACGGUUUAUAAUAGAUGAAAGGGUUCUAGGAAACAGUGUGAUGCGAGAAAUGAAUGCUGUCAUGUAAACUUCAAAACAAUGAAGUUAGACUGUGAAUCUUUCAAGAAUUAUAUCUGAUUUAGAUUUAACUCAUUUGGGUUUAAUGGCACCUAAAAACAGAUCAUUUCUUCUACUGGGUACUUCUGAUCCUAUCUGGAAGUACCAAAUAACGACUUGUAGGAAAGGAGAAAUCAGACCUCAUCAGGCCAGGAAUGGAUAUAGUCAGGAGACUACGAGAUAUCAUGGCAGAAGUGGAAAACUUGGCCUCAGAAAAGUCGUCACUCGAGUCCUUUUUCCCUGAGAUGACAACCCAGUUAGUAGAGACAUCUGAGAAGCUGCAGGAAGUACGCUUAUCUCUCGACGUUGCAGAGAAGGAGAAAUUGCAGAUGCAGAAGCAGAAGGAUGAUGUUGUACAAACGCUUGCGCAGAUGCUGCAAGAGAAGUUGGACAUGCAGAAACAGAGGGAUGAUGCCAUCAAGGAGAUGGAGGAGCUGCGCAGAGCGCAGGCUGCAGGAACAAUGCGGUUCUCUCAGGCAGAGUUGGAAGAGGCCACCAACAACUUCGAUAGCAGCCUGAUCAUGGGGCAAGGAAGGGUUGGAACCGUGUAUAAGGCGCGCGUCCAUCACACGGCAGUGGCCAUCAAGCGGCUGACUGUUGAUCCCUUGCCUUGUGGGCAUGACAUGGAUUGGGAGGUGGGCUUGUUAUGCAAAAUGAGACAUCCACACUUAGUCACCUUCAUCGGCAGGUGCAGCGAGUUAAGUUCUUUCGUAUUCGAAUACCUCGAGAAUGGAAACUUGGACGACCGUAUGAAUGCAUCCCCAUCGCUGACAUGGCAAUCCCGCAUACGAAUAGCUGCAGAAAUAUGUGACGGCCUCCUCUUUCUCCACUCCAUUGGCGUGGUGCUCAACAACUUGAAGCCCUGCAAUAUCCUCCUCGAUGCUAAUCUCGUCGCCAAGAUUGAUGUAGGAUUCUGUUCUUCCUGCAACAGUUCAGAUCUAGAUGAUUGGGACCCAAUGGGUAGCUUGGCCAACAUUUACCCUGAGUUCCAUUUAGGUGGUGGGCCUAUCUACUCAUUUGGAGUCAUUCUCCUACAGCUGCUUACUGGUCGCCCAGCACUUCUGAUAGCAGACGACAUUCAGCGUGAGGUGAAUAGAGGAGACUUGCAGGAAGUGUUGGAUCAAAGAGCUGGACGUUGGCCAUUUGAGCAGGCACUAGAAUUAGCUAAUCUGGCGUUGAGAUGCUGCGCCGAGAUCUCACUACUGCGUCCUGACUUGAAGUCUGACAUCUGGCGGGUACUAAAUGAUAUGAGAAUGAGGUGCUCAGAAUCUUCGGCAGCAAAUACCGCACCAGAAGCUUCUAGGCAACCUCCUGACUACUUCUUGUGCCCCAUUACACAGGAUAUAAUGCGCGACCCACACAUGGCAGCUGAUGGCUAUACCUACGAGAAAGAAGCAAUACAAGAAUGGCUGAAUGAUGGGCAUAGCACUUCUCCCAUGACAAAUCUGCCGCUUAGCCAUUCCAACCUCACACUAAAUCUUGCUCUUAGGUCUGCAGUCCGUCAGUGGCAUGACAGAGUGUGAAGAAGACUGUUGUUCUUAUUCUGUUCUGGGCAACUAUGGUAUCGCCAUGUCUUUAUUUUCUCUUUUCUCUUUCACAUGUAUAUACAUUUUUAGCCCUAAACAAUAAAACAGUUAAGACAAACUAUUGUUUGAAAAACAAAUGAUUGGGAACUCCGUUUCUGCUCAACUUCUCCAAGUGUUGGCUCUUAAGCUUUUAUGAGGUCCACUUCACAAACGGACUCCACCAACUCUCAUCUCCUACCGGCCUUCAUCCUGUCUGUUGACAACUUCUCCUACCGGCCUUCAUCCUGUCUGUUGUGACGACUCCCUCAGGAUGUAUAUGUCAAAUUUGAAUGAAAAACGUUGAGGGCAACCAUGGACUAGAGAAGACUCUUAUUCUUAGCAAAGCGAAGAUGCCGAAGACUAAGUUUAUUGCUAUUAUAUUGAAACAACAAGCUGAAGUUGUACAUUGAGAAUAACUUUCUU